AUGUUCCGCGAUUUGGGCUUCUCAAAACCUUCAACUCGAGAUGCAACACGCGUGCAUUGCGACGCUUUCUUCGACGCAUUAUUCGACUGGAACGCUGUGCUUUCUAGCGUCAGACUACCGGAUUCCUUAGUCGAAGUGAAGAAAGUUUUUGAGACUUUUGACUAUGAGCACAACGGAACAAUUCGAAGCGAAGAUUGGAACAAAAUUUAUCGUGUGAUUUGUAAGGGGAACAAAAAACUGGCCGAGUGGGAAAUUCGUGUGUUGCAACGAAGAUUUACGGGACAAACACAAGGCGAUGAAACGAUCGAUUACGCUCGUUUAAUCAUGUUUUUACUGGACUUUCAAUGGAGAAGCUGUUUCAAGCUCUUGAUACCGACAAGAAAGGGUACUUCAAUGCAGCGGAUUUGA